CUGCACGCGAAUUUUGUAUUCGUGCUCAAGUCGCUCCAUGCGAUACGUUUUUUCGCUUUAAUUUAGAAUACAUUUUCAUGGAUAUUGCUUGGGGAUUAAAAAAAAAUACUGUAAUGGGGACUGCAACUCAACAGUACUGCCUGCGCUGGAACAAUCACAGAUCAAACUUACUGACAGUGUUCGACGAGCUGUUGCAAAACGAGGCUUUCACCGAUGUCACGUUAGCAGUGGAUGGCGGUGCAUCGGUCAAAUGUCACAGAAUGGUUCUGGCGGCGUGCUCCUCGUACUUCCAAACUCUCUUCAUUGAUCUACCGUGUAAACAUCCUGUAGUCGUGCUAAAAGAUGUUAAAUAUAUCGAGAUAAAAGCAAUUCUGGAGUACAUGUAUCGUGGUGAAGUAAACGUUGCUCAGGAACAGCUUGGCGGCUUGCUGAAGGUUGCCGAAGCACUCAAGGUUAAAGGACUGGUAGAAGAAAAUGGCUCACAGGGUAGAAGGGAGGAAGGUGAAACCACAGCCCCGUCGCCUCCUGCAAUAACGACUAGCACUACAAGCAGCGCGGCUCACAGUAGUGGCCAGAUCUCGCCACCUCACUCUACCGGCACCCCUUACAGUCAGUACGGCAAAUCGCCCGUAGAUAGAGGACAGGGAAGGCUGUCUAUGCCGAUGUGGGCAUUGUCAGGGCUGCCGCUGGCCCAACAUCCGUCAUCCGGCCAUCCGCCACCCCCCCAUGCCCAGCAUUCGUCCAUGUUGGGUGGCUCGUACGACAACGGGUCAGACUCGUCACCUUUAAAACGAAAAAAAAUGUCAAAUAUGCUUAUUAACCGUGACACACCGAUCCUGAGAACCGUACUUGGACAAGGGCAUGCGGACAGCUCCCAAGGGGGUGUACCCCUCUUACAUCCAGACAGUCACGAAAGCCACUCUCGCACCCAUAGCAACGGCUCGGCCAACGACAUGGACAGGCGCAACAGUAACGAUCUUUCACAGAGCGAGGCUGUUCACAGUCCUUACACAGACAUAUCGCUAAUGGAUGAAGAUGAAAAACCUUCGCCACAAUCCUUUGCAGGAGAAACAAACCGAGGAAUAGUCAAUUACGUUCCGACACAAAAACCUGAAUGGAAACGUUACAAACAAUACACAAGGAACGACAUAAUGUCAGCGAUAGAAGCGGUCAGAUCGGGAAUGAGUGCCCUGCAAGCGGCUCGAAAAUAUGGUGUACCAUCGCGCACCCUGUACGACAAAGUCAAAAAAUUGGGAAUAACCACAUCAAGACCUUUCAAACGUGGUUCUAAUGGAAGCGGGGCUUGUUUUCCAUAUGGUAUAGGUGGUAAUGCAAAUGGAACCAUUUACAGCGGUGGAUUGUCAGAAAGUGAAAAUGAAAACAGUAGCGCAGGAAUAGGGAAUAAUCCUGGGUCGAUGCUCGAUCCAAGUUUCAUAGAGGGUCGAGACACCGUUGAACGAGAAACUAUGAUAGAAAUGACACUUCGCAGUCCGAGCCCAGCCGUUCACUCAAUGUCUCAACAGCACCAACAACAGCAGCAGCAGCAGCAACAGCCGACUACAGAAGAUCAAGUAGAAGAUUUGUCGGUGAACCGAAAGCCAGAGAUUCGAGUAAUAGUACCACCGUUAAUAGUCAAGGAGGAAGAACAGGAUACUCCAAAUAACUCUGAUCGUAACUAAUUACUAACGUUGUCGUUGUUGUCAAUUUUUGUUUCAUUUAGUUACAAAGAUAAAUUCAGGGAUUAAUCGUUAGCUGCAUACCAAUAGUCAUGCGACGCAUGUAACUAAUGCUAUAAGCAUUCGUAUUCACCGAUCCGUACUAUAUAAUGUGAACGUUACGAAGAGAAAAAAAAAGAGAAUCAAUGAAACGUGGUGAUUAUUCCUGGUAGUAGCUUCAAUAAGACUGACUAUG